UCGCUUCUCCUCUCCUAUUCCCCUAAAACUGAAAUCGUUGCUUGUAAAAAAGAACCCUUGUUUUUUCUUUGAAAGAUGUGGGCAAGUUCAGAGGGAGGUGCACCAGAGGUUACUCUAGAAACCUCAAUGGGUGCUUUCACUGUUGAGCUAUAUUACAAGCAUGCACCAAGAACUUGUAGGAACUUCAUUGAACUUUCCAGGAAAGGUUACUAUGACAAUGUCAAAUUCCAUAGGAUUAUCAAGGAUUUUAUAGUCCAGGGUGGGGAUCCUACUGGGACUGGAAAAGGUGGAGAAUCUAUUUAUGGUCCUGUAUUUGAUGAUGAGAUAAAAUCUGAGUUAAAGCAUACCGGAGCUGGUAUUUUAUCCAUGGCUAAUGCGGGUCCGAAUACAAACGGAAGCCAGUUUUUCAUUACUUUGUCACCGGCACCGUCUUUAGACGGUAAACACACAAUAUUUGGAAGAGUAUGUGGGGGAAUGGAAAUUAUCAAGAGGCUCGGUAGUGUCCAAACUGACAACAAUGACAGGCCUAUUCAUGAUGUGAAGAUAUUACGGACUUCAGUCAAAGACUAGCACCUGAGGUCG